UCGGGUCCAGUCAUGUGAUGUGGGGAUAAAAUGGCGGCUACAGGAGAGAAGGCAGCUGCUAUGGACAGUAUCAUUAGAGUACCUGCACCACCGGCUGUGCUCAGUCUGAGGAGCGACUCGGACCAAAAGGAGGACGCAGGGCGCGAUGGGGACACGGAAACUGCAGCACCGGCGCCUAAAAGACCCACCAACAACAAUGACGGUGGUGUGGAAACUGCUGAAGAGGCAACUGAGCCUGCUGAGCCGGACAUAAAUGAACUCUGCCGAGACAUGUUUGACAAAAUGUCAGUUUUCCUUCAAGGAGAACUCACAGCCACAUGUGAAGACUAUAAACUUCUGGAGAACAUGAACAAACUCACCAGUCUGAAGUACAUGGAGAUGAAGGACAUAUCAAUUAACAUCAGCCGCAACCUACAAGAUCUCAAUCAGAAAUACGCCAGCUUGCAGCCAUAUCUAGACCAGAUUAAUCAGAUUGAGGAACAAGUAACAGCUUUGGAGCAGGCAGCAUAUAAACUUGACACAUAUUCCAAAAAACUGGAGGCCAAAUUCAAGAAACUGGAGAAGCGAUGAGAUGUGUGGUAAAAUGGAGGCCCAGAGAAUACACAUCUGACCUGCCUCCUUCAGGAGGCUCCCCAGCGUGCUGCUACUUCUAGCAAUACAUGGUUCACAUUAAGAGCCUGAAACGCAGUAAACUACUUGUGUUUUUUGAUGCACUAAUUAUCAUAGUUUCAGGCUUUGGCUCACAAGUCUUUUCUAGGAGUUUGUAGGAAGAUAUUCACGGCAGUGAAUGCUGUGGUCUGCAUAAAGCAUGGUAAAUAUGG